GCUCGUAAUCAGGAUAUUGGAUAUUGGACAUUAGAGAGCGUGUAUUGACUUUUACGUGACUAUGAGUAGGGCAUUGGAUGGCAAUGGAUCAGGGUGAGUCAAUGAGUGAUCCCUUUGACCCCUUAGCUGAGUCUACCGCGAUGGACGACGACCUAUUCUUGAGGGAAGAGUUCGACUUCUUAGAUGAAGUUCUGGAAACUGAUCGUACUGAAAGGUCUAGUUCUCGAGAACCAGAUAGCAUUACCAAACCGAUUGUUUCUCUCACUGAAGAUGAUGAAGAAAUAUCUCCUGAUUUGAGCGAUUUACUUCCAAAGAUUCGUAAGAUUAUAGAUCAAAAUAUCAUGAAACCUGUUGAUCCCGAGUUAUGUCAAUUGUUAAAGUUAUUGAGUGAAGGUCUGAGUAUUGCUGACAGACAGGAUGGAUUUUCCAAGUAUUUACGUGAUCAAGAAAAAAUGCAUCUACCAGCCUCAUCUACAUCACACAGAGAAAUCAUGGAGAUUGUUAGUUCAUUGAAUGUAUUUUUGGCUAAGCUGACUUUAACUGCUGACACUGUUGACUAAAUGGUAACCCUGUUUUUUUCGAAAUUAUUUAUUGAGUGAUUUUACAGAAAAAACAAGACAUUGAUUCACAACCAUGAUCUAAAUACUCAACCCUCUGAAGAUAUUAAUUUUGAUGGAUAAGAAUCUGAAGGCAUCUGUAAAGCGCCAUCCAUGUUCCGGAGGUGUGUGUAUCUGUGUGUGUUUGAAUCUAAAAGUGAUUGAAUUUCUGUAAUUGUGUACAUAAAUAACAGCGAGGAAAUUACACAAUGGAAAAUGAAAAAUUCGAUUUACAGUGAAAGCAGCAAUUUAAUACCCUUUUUGAAUAAAAUGGAAUUUUAUACUGA